CGGCGUGCGGCGCGCGUCUCUGCACGUCGGAUGUGUCGCCGAGUCUCAGUCCCGUGCGUUCAAACCUCCCUGAUCUCCAUCUUGAUGAGAAUCCUAAGUUGCUCCCGUCUGUUUCUUUUAGGAGUUUACUGAACAAAAAAAUGGGUGAUAUAAGGCUGCCGAGGCACAUGUUCUUGUGGUGCCUGUCUGCUAUUUAUAUGUUUGCCUUCGCGUCUCUUUACGUGCAGAUUCCAGGUCUGUACGGGAACGAGGGUGUGCUGCCGGCUCGAUGGCAGCUGCGGGUGUCUGGGAAGAGUGUUGCGGAGCAGCUGAAGGAUUCUCCCACGCUGCUGUGGUUCGGUCCUCGUCUGGGUUUGGACACGCAGCAGUGCAUGGAGCUGCUGAGUCUGACCGGAGCUCUGCUCGGUUUAAUGACGCUGGCUCUGCCGGUGCUCAGAGACUGCAGGGUCUUCCUGGUGCUCUGGGUUCUCUACCUGUCCGUCUACCAGGUGGGCCAAGUCUUCUUAUACUUCCAGUGGGAUAACCUCUUGCUGGAGGCGGGUUUCUUGGCCAUUCUCAUCGCUCCCCUGAAAAUGCCCUGGUCCUCGAAGGUGCGUCUCCACGACGGCGUGACUUUCUGGCUGACGCGCUGGCUGUUGUUUCGGCUGAUGUUUGCGUCUGGUGUUGUCAAACUGACCAGCCGCUGUCCCACCUGGUGGGGCCUGACCGCUGUAACCUAUCACUACGAGACCCAGUGCAUACCGACUCCUCUGGCCUGGUUUGCUCAUCAGCUGCCGGUCUGGUUCCAGAAGCUCAGUGUGGUGGGAACGUUUGUUAUCGAGAUCGCCGACCCCUUCCUGUUCUUCAGCCCCGUACGACGACACAGACUCGCCUCCUUCUACCUGCAGGUCCUGCUUCAGGUGUUCAUCAUCCUGUCUGGGAACUAUAACUUCUUCAAUAUCCUCACCAUCACCCUGUGCCUGUCGCUGCUGGACGACCAACACGUGAACUUCUGGCUGCGAAGACCCACGGAGAAGACGGAGAGCACAUCAUUGCAGACUCUGUUCUGUGGUCUGGCGGUGAUGUUCGAGAUCGGGACGUACGCUCUGCUUGGCUACUGGACCGUCAAAUACUUUGGCCUCCAGGUGGAUUGGGAAAACAAAAGCGUCCUUUCCAAAACAGCAUUUACGUAUUUUGAGUUCAACGGCUUCCUGAAGACGGUCACAGUGCCCAGCAUCUGGAUUGGUGUGCUGUCUCUCACGUGGGAGAUCAUCUCCUCCAUGUUUAAGUGUGCGUGUGUGAGAGGAGUGUUGUGGCGUCUCUGGAGCACAAUCCAGUGGGCAGUUAUGGCUGCGGCUACCGUCUCCAUGUUUGCCAUCAGUCUGGUUCCUUACACCUACAUCGAGUAUGAUGCACAUAAUAACCUCUGGCCUGGCGUCCGGGCAGCGUUUGAUCUGACUGACCGUUACCAGCUGGUCAACUCGUACGGAUUGUUCCGGAGGAUGACCGGAGUCGCCGGCCGUCCAGAAGUGGUCAUUGAGGGCAGUAUGGACCGCAACACAUGGACGGAGAUUGAGUUCAUGUAUAAACCGGGGAACAUGAGCGCAGCGCCCCCUGUGGUGGCUCCUCACCAGCCCAGGCUGGACUGGCAGAUGUGGUUCGCUGCUCUGGGGCCUCACACACAGAGCCCCUGGUUCAGCAGCCUCUUACACAGACUCCUGCAGGGCAAACGAGACGUGAUCAGACUCAUUCAGACAGAUGAGUCUCAGUAUCCAUUCAGCAAACAGCCUCCUGUGUACCUCCGAGCUCACCGCUACAAAUACUGGUUCAGUGAGCCUAAAGACGACGGGUCAUAUCCCCAGCGAUGGUGGAGACGGGUGUAUGUGGAGGAGUUCUAUCCCAUGGUGCACCUUGGUGACUCUUACCUUGAACAGAUGCUGGUUCAACAUGGUUUGAAGGAUAAGGUUCCUCCGAGGCGCAGCUCGAAUGCGCUCCCUCAGAUGUUGCGUCACGUGGGUAAACGCGUCCGUGAGAUGCCAGCUCCUCUUCUGCUCUGGACUCUCUUCAGCUCGGCCGCGACCGUGUGUCUCCUCAACUCUCUGAGAUCUCGUCCGCACCACCUCCAGCACGAAUCGGUCCAGAGCAAACGCUCAGCAGAGCGCUCCGGCGUGGUGCAGGAGGACGAGAAGAAACACGAGGAGGAGGAGGAGGACGAGAAGAAACACGAGGAGGAGGAGGCAGAAGAAGAUGGACUAGAGCAGGAAGAAGAUGCAUCAAGUGAAGAAGAACAGGAAGGAGAACUUGAAAGGGAAGUAAACGCAGGGGAAACGGAAGAGGACAGCCUCAGGAAAAGGAAGUGAGGACUUCCGAUCAUCUGAGGACUGUGAUUCCAGCUCAGGGUAAUAACAUCCACCCCAAAACACCAGCACUUCCACCCUGGUUGUGUCGAAACAUUGGCUUUUCUGUUUUCACAGGCAGGUUUGUGAGAUGUAGGCAGCGUAGUGAUGCAUUCGUGUUGAUUUAUCCGCCAGUUCUGUUGUAUGGUCUUCGAUUGCUUUGACAGGUAAAUGCAAAACAAGGUAGGUUACUGUUUUGCACCAACUGCUACAUGCCACACUAAAGGAUGUUUUCCACCAUGAGACCUAAAAAUAACUGUAAAAAUGUACUUUUAAAUGCACAUGCUGGACUUCAUUGAACUACGCUUUGAAUCGAACGCAACAAAAUACCAAAAACUGCACUUUUGACUUGAUGGACAAUUUAGACAACCAUUUAUUGUUUUGUGAACGAAGCCCAGUAUGCGCUGUGCCUUACAGUAUGCCAGGAGUAUCAGAGAAAUCGAUGUACCUGUUUAAAAUGACAUUUAAGUAGUUUUCCCCUUCGACUGUCAUGUUGUAUAGGUGGUAAUAUAUUAUAUGACAUCAAAUGGUUUAUUAGACCGUAACUGGUUAUGGUCUGUGAUAUUUGUGUAUUGUAAUAAGAUUUUUGACCACUGUCAUGUACAGUAGUAUUGCAUGCUUAAUAUAAGUGAAAAUGCACCAAAAAAGCUUUAAUGUUUUGUAAUAUUUUUAAUAAACAUAGAAAAAUAUA